GUUUGCGUGACGAGGCCAUAGAAAGUUUUUAAAGGAGACUAUCACUUAGAUGAUCAGAAUCUUGCUCAUAGACAAAGAUCGAGCGAUCAAAUGCAAUCGGCGACCCUUUCCCGACUCCAGGAGGAACUCUGAGGUAAUCGUCAGCUGAGGGGGUAUUCAUUCUGCAACAGCUACAACAAUGGCGCAGACGGUUCAUGCAGAUGAUGAGCAAGUGGAACAGAGAAAAAGUGGCUUGUACAAUUGCCUUAGUAAAAUCAAGAAAGAAGAAGACGAAAGAAAAGACCCGAAAGAGAUCGACCAAGACAAAGUAAGGGAAAGGAAUUCGGAGGAUAAACUUGCAGAUGACUUACUCGAAGCCCUCGAGAAAAAUGAUGCAUCUGAAGUUUGGGAUCUCGUUGAAACCAAUCAUCCCAUCAAGACGCUAAAAGUCAUGUAUCGAGUUAGCAAGGACAUCGCCAAGAAAGUGCGGAAUAGAGCAAAGAGCUGCAAUUUCCAUUGCGAACCUCCGGAAAAAUCAUCUUGUAUCGGAGAUACUUAUUCUCCUAGUGGUGUUCACAGCGUAAACGAGACGCAACAGAAAGAGGAAGAACGCAAAGAUGAAGCGAGGAAAAGAAAGUGGAUCAAAAUACUUUCUAACCCUCUAUACAUCGGAGUUGAAUGGCUCUGGAGAACGAACACCGACUGUCAAUGUGAAGAUUGCCAGGAAAAUAAAGAUCAGGAUGCUAUAGGAAAUGCUUUACAAGAUGCAUAUCUACUGGAUAAGAUUGCCUCUUGCGAGCAUUACUAUAGCCUGGAGGAUUACAAGAGUUCCGUCGAAGCUUACGAGUCGUUCGCUGCUGAUGUCCUGGAGGAAAGCACCGUGACUGAGCUGUACGAGAUCAUGGACAUCGAGGGAGACGGCUUCUUACUGCGAGGGAACCCCCAGCGUCUUAGGAAGUUAGAUAAAAGUCUGAGCCUUCUCAAGAUUGCUGUUGAUUAUGGAAGAAAGAAGUUUGUGGCGAGUGCAAGAUGCCAAUCUGUUCUUGACCAAAUCAUUUUCUACAAGUGCCCAGCAUGGAAAGACAAGGGCAUCAUGAGAAAGUUUGCAUGGGUCAUCGUUCAGUUAAUUCUCACAACAAUUCUCAGUCCGUUCUAUAUUUCUUUACGGAUAUUUGAAAAAGUGUUCCGAAAGAAGUCUUGCAACAUUUGUACCAAUGGAAUUGCGAAAACUUGCAUCGAAAGGAUCAAGAACCUGUACGAACAUCCCUACUCGAAGUUUGUGAACCACAUGAUUUCAUACAUUUUGUUCCUUUCUCUCUUGUUGUUGUCGACGUUUGGUUUUGAGAAUGAGUACAAAUCAACUUCAGUAGGACUCACGAGGAUUGACUAUGCGGUAAUUAUAUUUACCAUUGGCCUCGUCUUGCAAGAAUUUCUGGAAGCUAAGAAACAAGGAAUCCAUUUUUAUUUCUCAAAUUGGUGGAAGAAGAUGCAUAUACUUACUCUGGUUACUUUCGCGGUGUCCUACAUUGUAUGGCUCGCAGCAUGGGUCCACUUUGGAGAAUGGAAACCAAGAGGAAUCCCAUUUAUCGUGGCUGAUGUCUUUUAUGCGACCGGAACUGUGAUGGCAUUUUUCCACUUCACUUAUAUAUUCCAAGUGAGUUCAACUCUUGGUCCCUUGCAGCUAUCCUUGUACCGAAUGCUAAAGGAUAUAUGUAGAUUUCUUAUCAUCUAUUUCACGCUUUUCCUGGCAUUUGGAGCUGGAUUAGUCAAGCUAUUCUCGUAUUAUGUUUCCUCGCGGUACAAAAGAGAAGAAGCUGCUGACCCAAGUUCUCAUUAUGUUGCCAGACAUGACUUAGCAGCUACUUUCUUAGUUUCGAUAUUUCUUGGGAAUGUGGAUCAUGACAAACUCAAACUAGAAGAUCCUGCGUUUAUCCUUAUCACUGAAGUUGGUCGCAUUUUUUUGUUCGCGUAUGGAAUCUGCACCACCCUUGUUGCAAUAAAUAUGCUGAUUGCUAUGAUGACCAACUCCUUUGAGAGAAUUAUGGAAGAUGCAGACCAGGAGUGGAAGUUUUCAAGAUCCCUGAUGUGGAUGGAUUAUAUCAACGAAGGAAACCUCGUACCAGUACCUUUCAAUAUCGCAUACUAUUCUCUAUAUCUCUUUUUCAUCCCAUACUACAUUUUCCGUGUAUGCUGCGGGAAGGAAAAAGGGUCUCUCCCUGGGACGCAGCCACCAAACGGAACUGACGUGGAAUUGGAACAAAUGAACUUCGAGCAUGGCACAAGCGACAAGAGCUCAGCCCACAGUUGUAGCUGCAUCUGCUCUUGGUGCUGUUUCCCGUACAGUUGCCAAUACGGGUCCGAGGAGUUCAGGCCUACAGGACCUACUUUUACAUAUUGCUUCUCCUGUAUUUGCCCUGGAUGUUCUUGCUUUUGCAAGCCGACCAAAGCAAAAGUUGCUAGAGAGGAACGCUUACAAGCGAUUAGAUUCUCCGUUGCCAGGUAUCUAAACAAUCACUACCCAAACGAGGAGACUGAACUCCAAACAAGCGCCCUGGCAAAUUCAGUGGAAGCAAAAGCAGGUGAAGGCGUCCGGGAAUGAAACUUAAUUAUGAGAACAUUUCAGCCAAAGUAAUCUAAAACAAAGGUCGGAAACAUUACAUUCAACGUUGUUUUACUUUAAUUUGGAAUUCCAGUUCGCUCAUUAUUGUACAUGAGUUACUAGGCAUAACCAUGUCGGAGGAAUCUGGAAUGUAUAUAUCUUCGCUGUACUUUAGAUAGAAGAAACCUUUAUUACACAGAGCGAGAGGCGUUGAAAGGGACCCUAUCAUUAUGACAAUGAUUUACAUACUUUUGUGACCGGGAGACACAUGAGAAACAAAAAUAAUGCUAGUGAUCACCCUUUUUUGGCACCGCAUGCGUUAUCAACUACAGUUUCUGACUCAAAAUUUCGAAUUAUAGGCGUCUUCACUAAUCCUUAACGGCAGCCAGACACGAAUGGGCAAAUGAUUUAUCUGUUAAGUUUCGUUUUGUUCAUUUACUAAAGGAGAGAUAUAAUCAUUCAGGUGAACCGCAGUAUUCAUUUGUCAAGAAUGUUGAGGCCCUGUCAGGGGGGGUAUAGAUGUCGCCCGUCUGAAAUUCAAACUUUGUCACGUCGCCAUUCCGGAAGGUUCUGAUGCCGCUGUCGCAAUUUCAUCAAUGUCGCAUUUUUAUUUCCCUGAUGUCGCUGUUUCAAGGCCAUGUCGCCCGUCGGAAUUUACCCUAUCAGGGCCUCAGUGGUUGGUUUUCGUGGCGGUCAACAGCGUCUCUUUUUCUUUUUUUGAUUUUCGGAAUACAAACGCUGCUCUGGCGCAAGGUUCUUCUCUUGAAAGCAUAAUAAAUGAUUUGAGGAAAA